GUAAGAUCAGAUCAAAUGCUUAAAUGUACAUUAAUUACUCAAUGCAUCUUGUUAAAAAUAAUACACUCAAUACAAUGUUAUAAAAAAAUAAAAGCACUUGACAACCCUGUAAACAUGACAUACCUGCUCAUCUCCAACACAGCUUUUUUUUUUUUUUUAAAGAAAUGUGUUGGCACCACGAAUGACGCGCUAGCAAUCAGAUCAGGGUAUUUCACAAGGCUUCAACCUUUGCUUUAACUUCACAGUUGGCAGAAACUGCAAGUCUAACAUUCCCUCAUCUUCUGCUGAAACCAAAUAUAGAGAAUUAACAUCACGUCCAUCCCUCCUAAAAUAAAUAUCAGGCCAUCCGUGUUGUUUGCUCUGCACACACACACACACACACCCUUUAAAAUAAAUAAGAAAGAAGUCUUGCCAAAUUCAAAUGUCAUGUCAUGUCAUGUCCGUAUAAAUGGCAAAAGCUGACUGUGUCUUCAGUUCAUUGCCCGAGCCUCAACCCGAGCAGCUCUGUGUCAUGCUACAGUGCUUCAAACGCUCCAGUCGUCAGCAGCCAGCCAGCCGUCGGGACUCUCAGUGCACUGGACAGUCUUUAAUGAGAUCAAUCCGAAUGUGAGGAACAUGAAGCAGCUGGAGUUUGUAGUCCUGGUGAGACGAGCAAGCCAGAUCAGGGAAGAGCUCACACAGGGGGUGAGAAAGUCAUAUAAAGAUAUGAUAGAUGUCUCUGGGGGUGAUCCACACAGGGCAGGUGUGAAGCCUCUGUCAUUUGUCAGACAGGUUCUAGCAUCAUGUUUUUACCCUCCGCUUAUGAACAGCAACGAACUGCCAGUGGAUGUCAGACAAAGGGCUCAAAAGCUGCUUAGGGGAUGUGGUGGAGGGAGUGUAGGUGCGUAUACUAACACAGCUGGUAUAUCAGAAAUAGUCGAAAGUAUCUCUGAAUUCAUAACUAGACGAGAUGGUGGUGCUCAAUCUAAUCCUGAAAACAUAUACAUCAGUUCAGGCUCACAGUGGUCGCUCACGAACCUUCUCAGGGUCUUGGUGAACAAUGAGAGUUCACCUAUAACAGGGGUGUUAACUCCCGCGCCGUGCCACGUUUCUACCACUUUGUCCAUAAUGGGGUUGGGAGCACAUAUCAUCCCUUACUACCUCAAUGAGGAGCAGGGCUGGGAGCUGCAGAUAGAGGAGCUACAUCGAGCACUGGAAUCUGCAAAGGGAAUCUGUAACCCAGUUGCUUUGUAUGUCAUCAACCCGGGAAACCCCACAGGUCAUGUUCAAAGCAGAAAAUCGAUGCAAGAGGUGAUCCGGUUUGUUUCAGAGAAAAAACUUUUCCUUCUGGCUGAUGAGGUCUAUCAAGACUGUGUUUAUGGAGAAAAAAGUGAGUUUGUCUCUUACAAGAGGGUCCUGGCUGAGAUGGGGCCUCCUCUUUCGGACACACUGGAGCUGGCAUCCUUUCACUCGGCAUCCAAAGGGCCCAUGGGAGAGUGUGGUCUGCGUGGUGGAUAUGUGGAGUUGGUAAAUGUGGACCCUGAUGUUAUGAAAUACGUCUACACGGUGUUCUCAACAGACACCUGUGCACCUGCGACUGGCCAGCUCGCCCUUGAUCUGAUGAUAAACCCUCCGCAACCAGGAGAUCCCUCAUACCCACUAUAUAGAGAGGAGACGCAACACAUCAGAACCACGGUGGUUCACAAUGUGAAAAGAGCCCUUGAGGUUCUCAACAGCCUGCCAGGUUUCUGCUGCCAACCAGUAGAAGGAGGAGCAUUUGCAUUCCCCAGAGUGCAUCUUCCACCUAAAGCCAUCCAGAAAGCUAAGGAGGUAGGAAUGCAACCUGAUACUUUCUACUGUAUGAGAUUGCUGGAGGAGGCUGGAGUGUUAGUCAGUCCUGGAUAUGAGUUUGGACAGAAGGAGGGCACUCACCACAUCAGGUUUUGCAUUAUGACAACUGUGGACACCAUGGAGGAAUUGCUGAGACGCCUGUCCAGCUUUCACACACAGUUUAUGAAGGAUUUUUCUUAAAUGAAGUAAUAGAAAAAACUGUUUUCUUCCUGUAAAUCAUUCCAGUAAAUUCCAGCUUUGUGUGUUAAUUAAGUGCAGACAACAAAAUAAAAGAAUCCAAUCAUC